AUGGGUUCCUUUUAUUCCAGAGGUUUAGAUGAUAACGAAAGGGAGUUGAAAAACCUCACUGAUCGUCUCUUAGAGCUUUUACAUGAGCUAGGCCCUGCUGAGCUCCUCAAUCGCGCUGUUAAAGAUUCUAAGAUCUACGAAGCUUGUAAAAACAACGAAGAACUGAGACAAGCUUGCCUGGUUGACGCUUUUAGAAGAUACUAUGACCAGAAAUUUCUCUACGAGGAAGUUUACAACAGAACUAUUGAUUACAUGCGUCUUUUUGACGAUUUUCUCAAAGUUCAAAAUGCUGUUGAUGAACAAAGACAAUUGGAGGAAGCUACUUCCGAGGAAACCUCUAGUGUCCGCCAUCGUAACAAACUCGAAUCGGACAAAAAUCAAGGGAGGGCAGAGAAUUUUUGA